UCCUAUCUUCCCCUCUAUAGUAUCUUUGUCACGAGCUGCUUCGGCGUACCAUUCCUCCAUGGCCAUGGGUGUACUAUAUAGUACUAAACUAGGACCAUUCGACUUGGUUGGAACCCUGAGAGAUGAAUUUUCCUUGUUCAACAAAUCGGGCUGAUGCUACACCUACCUCUGCUUAACAGCAAGAACGGUACUUCUUUGGUAUGUACAAAAGUGUGAGGAACACUAACGUAGUUGGAACCCUGAAAGUUAAAUUUUCUUUGUUCGACAAAUCGCGUUCUAGCCAAAAAAAAAGAUACUUGAAUUCUCUCAGCAGGGGAUUCCAUACAGGAAAAUGGAUGACAUUUUUGAUCUGAAUGUUGGCGGCUGCCUGUACACCACGACGCGGUCGACUCUGACUCGCUACCCGGACUCCAUGCUGGGUGCCAUGUUCAGCGGUGAACUCAACCCGUCUGUUUGUGACGCCACCGGGGCCUAUGUUAUGGACAGGGACGGGCCCAUCUUCCGUCACGUACUGAAUUUUCUCAGACAGGGCAAGCUGAUCCUACCGGAGAACUUCAAGGAGUGGGAGCAGCUGGCCUCGGAGGCCGAUUUCUAUCAAGUCGGGGCUUUGGUGGAGGCGGUGAAGGCGGAGAAGUAUCGGAGAACAACACAAGAGGAACUGGAGUACUUCGAAGAAUACUUCCAGCUAACGGUAUGCGCGAACGUGCACUACACGUGCUCUGGAAAUACAAGUGAAGAGGUCUUAUGGAAUUUUAAGCCACUUCGUGAGUUUUUCCAAGCACAUUCCCAUAAGAUUUUUGACGGUGUACUAAAAAUCCCACCCGAUAUCGAGACAAACGUUCACGAGGAUUUUGAGAGACGUAAAAGUGUGAUUUUCGAGGAUAUUUUUAAUAAAGGAUUCAGAUUGUUAGAACGAUCCUACACGUUUAAUGCUGCCGGGGUCAAGGAAUUCAUAUGGAAAUUCGCUCGGCCCGUUCGCAUAUUUAAGGGAUUCGUAAAGGGAGAAAUGGAUAACGUUUUCAAUCUGAAUGUUGCUGGCGGCUGCGAGUACACCACGACGCGACGUGUUCGAGCCCUAAAGAUACUUGAACUCUCUGCAGCUAAGGGAUUCGUAAAGGGGGAAAUGGAUAACGUUUUCAAUCUGAAUGUUGGCGGCUGCGUGUACACCACGACGCGGUCGACUAUGACUCGCUACCCGGACUCCAUGCUGGCUGCCAUGUUCAGCAGUGAACUCGAACCGUCUGUUCGUGACGCCAACGGGGCCUAUGUCAUGGACAGGGACGGGCCCAUAUUCCGUCACGUACUGAAUUUCCUCAGACAGGGCAAGCUGAUUCUUCCAGAGGACUUCAAGGAGUGGGAGCUGCUGGCUUCAGAGGCCGAUUACUAUCAAAUGGAAGCUUUGGUAGAGGCGGUGAAGGAGGAAAAAAGUCGGAGGGACGCACCAGAAGACGGCAAGGAGAAUUUGGAAUUCAUAGACAUCCAUGCCAGUUUGGGCGUGAGAUACUCGGCUUCGAAACAGGAAAUGGAUGACAUGCAUAUGGUCGAUCUGAAUGUUGGCGGCUGCCUGUACACCACGUCGCGGUCGAAUCUGACUCGCUACCCGGACUCCAUGCUGGCUGCCAUGUUCAGCAGUGAACUCGACCCGUCUGUUCGUAACGCCAACGGGGCCUAUGUCAUCGACGGAGACGGGCCCAUCUUCCGUCAUGUCCUCAACUUCCUCCGACGGGGAAAGCUCAACCUUCCGGAGGACUUCAAGGAAUGGGACCUGCUGACCUCAGAGGCCGACUUCUACCAGGUUGGAGAUUUGACAGAUGCGGUGAUGGCGGAAAAGAUGCGGCGGGUCACACCAGAGGACUCCUCGAAAAGUCCAAAAUUCGAAUUCGUAGAGAUAAAUUUAAAAAAAACGACGAUGGGCAUUGUGUACAUAGGAAGCAUGGAAACCCUGGCAAACCUGCCCGUUAUUGUGGCGUUUUUCAAAACCGACCCAUAUUCCAAUGGAGAUGUUCUGGAUGUCGUCAAGCAACAGGGCAUGAUCCAGCACUUCAGCAUAACCUUUGAGUUCAAUCACCGCCAUUGUUGGAGAUCAUUCGAUGCAUCGUACACAAACAACCAUAGCAAACGUGUCGUGCCAAUGCGAGCAGUAUUAAUCUGCCCAACAACAAAGAUGUUGUUCAAAUGCUGUGUGUGGACCAUUGGAACCCUGAUCGUUAUUGAGUUGUUCAGCAACUCGUUUUUUGAGGCCAAAGGAUGCUCAUCAGGGAUUCCAAACGAGAAAACGGAUGGCAUUGUCAAUCUGAAUGUUGGCGGCUGCCUGUGCACCACGACGCGGUCGACUCUGACUCGCUUCCCGGACUCCAUGCUGGCUGCCAUGUUCAGCGGUGAACUUGACUCGUCUGUUCGUGACGCCAACGGGGCUUAUGUCAUGGACAGGGACGGGCCCAUUUUCCGUCACGUGCUGAAUUUCCUCAGACAGGGCAAGCUGAUUCUACCGGAGGACUUCAAGGAGUGGGAGCUGCUGGCUUCAGAGGCCGACUUCUAUCAAGUCGAGGCUUUGGUGGAGGCGGUGAAGGCGGAGAAGUAUCGAAGAGAUGCCACGAGAUCAGUGAAUGUUGGUGGUUACAAGUACACCAUGAAUCUGUCGGCUCUGACUCGCUACCCGGACUCCAAGCUGGCUGCCAUGUUCAGCAGUGAGUUUGAUCCCCCUGUUCUUGACGAGAGCGGGGCUUAUAUCAUCGACGGAGACGGGCCCAUCUUCCGCCAUGUCCUCAACUUCCUCCGACGGGGCAGGUUGAUUCUACCGGAGGACUUCAAGGAGUGGGAUCUGCUGGCUACGGAGGCCGAUUUCUAUCAAGUCGAGGCUUUGGUGGAGGCGGUGAAGGAAGAAAAGUACCGGAGAGUCAUACCAGAAGACGAAACGAAGAACAUGGAAUUCAUAAAGUUAAAUGCAUGUGUUAACGUGAGAUACACGUGCACUGGAUCAAGGCCGAGAACCAUAUCUGAUAUAAGUACACUUAAAGAGUUUUUCUAUGCGAAUUCCCGUUACGGAAAUUUAGAGGGACGCUUCGAUAACUAUCAUAAAACAGUAAACCUCACUCUUCUACCCGAUACUGAGACCAAUAUUCACGAGGAUUUUGAAAGACGCAGGGUGGAGAUAUUCGACAAUAUUGUUUACUAUAAAGGAUUCAGAUUGAAAGAACGGUCCUACACGUUGAAUUCUGCCGGGGUCAAGGAAUUCAAAUGGACUUUUGCUCGGCACGCAAGCCAAUGCGGCUGCCUGUACACCACGACGAAGUGGACACUGACUCGCGACCCGAACUCCUGGCUGGGCAGAAUGUUCAGUGUGCCAGACAAUAUUCCCGUCCGAGUAAACGGAGCUUACUUCAUCAACGGAGACGGGCCCAUCUUCCGCCACGUCCUCAACUUCCUCCGACGGGGCAGGCUGAUUCUACCGGAGGACUUCAAGGAGUGGGACCUGCUGGCUACGGAGGCCAACCACUACCAAGUCGGGGCUUUGGUGGAGGCAGUAAAGAAGGAAAAGUAUCAGAGGGUCAUAGAGAUAUCUGCAAUUCCAAACGUGAGCUACACAUACACUGGCAGCAGUAGUAUCCUAGAGAAAAUACCAUCGCUUGUUGAUUUUUUCAAACCGUACCAGUCCGCUCCACCUCAAGUUAUCACAGGCGGGCAGGUCACCCUCACAGUAAAACCAGCUGGUGGGAAGCCUCACUCUACGGCCGAGACUCUCCAUCGUAGAUUUGAACACAAUCUGGUGGCGAUCAUCCAGGAGAUAGAACGGCUUGGGUUCCAAGCGGAGAAAGAGACCUGCACAAUGAACAAUUCCAGGCAACAGGAGGAACUCCGCUUGACCUUUUUCCGGCGCAUUGGUGCGAAGCAGUUCACGGGGAUUCCAUACAGGAAAAUGGAUGACAUUGUUAAGCUUGAUGUUGGUGGUUGUCUGUACACCACGACGCGGUCGACUCUGACUCGCUACCCGGACUCCAUGCUGGCUGCCAUGUUCAGCAGUGAACUUGACCCGUCUGUUCGUGACGCCAACGGGGCCUACGUCAUCGACGGAGACGGGCCCAUCUUCCGCCAUGUCCUCAACUUCCUCCGACGGGGAAAGCUCAACCUUCCGGAGAACUUCAGGGAGUGGGAGCUGCUGGCUUCAGAGGCCGAGUUUUACCAAGUUGGAGGUUUAAUUCAUGCAGUGCAGGCGGAAAAGUGUAAAAGGGUCACUUCAGCCGACGCCAAGAAACGUCGAAAAUUCGAAUUCAUAGAGAUAGACAAGGAUGAUAGCGCUUAUAGCCUGGAUGUAAAGUACAUUGGAAGCAGUGAAACACUGGCAAACUUACCUGCUUUGUUGGAGAUGUUCGAAUCCUCUAAAUAUGGAAGUCAGGUCCUGGAUGUUGUCAAGCGAGAGGGCAAGAUCAUGCACGAAAUCACAAGAUCUUCCAAUAAAAGUUAUCAAAAUAAACGCAUGUUGAUUUUCCGGGACAUACUGAAUCACGGAUUUAGACUGGAGGAGACUAAUUAUCCGGAGGAUGGGCAGGCAACAUUUACUUUCAUUCGGGAGAUCUAG